AUGGGAGACAAACUACAAUGGUCGAACGAGCAAGUAAAAUGUUUAUUAGAUACGUGUAUCGAAGAGGUCAACAGAAUUGGUAGAAAAGGAGGUAGCAUGCACAAGGAGUCUUGGGUUACGUUAGGGAAAGCUCUAAAAGAAAAGUUUGACAUGGAUACUUCACAAAAACAAUUGAAAAAUGCUUUUGAUAAUCUAAAAGAUAAAUACGUAGGGUGGAAAUAUUUGAGAAACAAGUCAUGGAAUUUAUACAAUGCUCAAACAAAUUCAUUUGCCUUGGUGAACACAGAAUGGGAAGAAUUCAAGAAGGGUCAUCCAAAGGCAGGAUCAUUGAGGACACACCCAUUGCCUUAUCCCAACCUUUGUGCAUCUUUGUUUGAUGGAAGUAGUGCCAGCGGUAGCAUCAAAUGGACCUCUACUCAAACUACACCCGCAGAUACAUCAUCUUCUUCUCAUCGUGUCCAAAGACUUCUGAUUGAUGACAACCCUUUUAAUGGCCUAGAAGAUGAUGAUGAUGAUGACGCUUCCAAUGACACUAGUGCUCGAGCUCCUAGUGAUAAAGCUCAUGGUGGUUCUACUGAGAGGCCUGAUAAAAGGAGUAAAACCACUGAUGCUUCUAUUGAGAGGCCUGAUAAAAGGAGUAAAACCACUAAUGCUUCUACUGAGAGGCCCGAUAAAAGGGCUAAAACCAGUGAUGCUUCUACUGAUAGGACCGAUAGGACCGAUAUGGAUAAAGCCUCUAAAAACUCUGUUAGUCUUGAUGAUUUGAGUCUUGAUAUGCAAAAAGCUCUGCAACAUAUGGUGAAUAGCAAGGAAGGACCAACAGUAGAAGAGUGUUAUGAGACGUUGAAGCUAGUUGAAUUAGACCCAAUGGAUCCUAUAUUUUUGGCAGCCUUUCACCUUUUUGGAAUGUCCAUGAAUAUGAGAGAGGCAUGGAUGACAUUUCCACCGAUACCUGGGGUCUUAAAAGGGUGGAUAAAGAUGAUUGGCACCACAUUAGGGAUGUUUAAGUACUCUUUAUGCUUAUGUUUUUUCUUUCAUUUUGAACAAUUAUGUGUUUCUUGA